AUGAGGACGACGAGCAGAAAAAAGCCAACAAUUAUUUUUGCUGCGGUCACUCUUCCAGUCGCAGAAAUCAGGACCUUCCUAAAGGGGCUGUAUGACAAGAAUCCUAAAAUUAAAGGUUUCCUUAAGGACAAGGAUUUGCUGAGAUGCAUUACGAAAGCUCAUGUAACUCUUGCACACAAGGGAAGCCACGGUGUUGCAGCUGUCGCUAAUUAUAGCGUGUACCUCAACCGAGAGGUACCAGUAGAUCUUACAUCCUUGCUCUUUUCGGAAAAAUGCGCUGCAUUAGAGGCCGGUUUAGGGUCAGUUGAUGGUGAGAAGAUAAGUUCGAAGAAUGAAUGGCCCCAUGUUACUGUAUGGACUGCACCAGGAGUACCUCCCAAAGAAGCAAACGCACUACCACAACUGGUUUCAGAGGGCAAGGCAAUGCGCAUUAGUAUAAAUCCACCUUUCACCAUUACUGGCACAUUAGACUUCUACUGA